UAAAUCUUUCUUGUAAUUACAACCAUUUGACCCUAAAAAAUUUAGACCAUUUCAACCGAACAAACAUUUCAGCUUACUGUCUUUGUUCAAUCAGUACCAUAAAACUCAACCAAAAAAUUAUAUAAAAAGAGACCCAACAAGCAACAGAAGAUGAACAAAGAUUUGGGUCAAAAUUUACUUGAACCAUGGCCAGUUUCAGAGAUUUGGUUUUCUUUCUAUCAUUGGCUUCUUCCAUUGCUGCAGUCCUCUGCAACUCAGAAGGGGAUGCUCUUGCUGCAUGGAAGGCUGAACUGGUUGAUCCAAACAAUGUCCUCCAAAGCUGGGACCCGUCUCUAGUAAAUCCAUGCACUUGGUUCCACAUCACCUGCAACAUCAAUAACACGGUCACCCGAGUGGACCUUGGCAAUGCUAGUCUCUCCGGACCCCUCGUUCCCCAACUCGCAAACUUGCCAAAUCUUCAGUUCUUGAUCAUAAACGACAACAAUUUGAGUGGGGUAAUUCCAAAGGAGAUAGGGAUAUUGAGCAAUCUGAGGAGUUUGUUCCUGUCCAAAAACAAGUUCUCAGGGUCUUUACCACCUUCCUUGGGAAAUUUGAGCUCAUUGGUUUUCUUUGAAGCACAUGACAACAGUUUUAGUGGAAUAAUUCCUGCAUCUUUUGGGGCCUUGACUUCUUUGAAGAAUUUGAGAUUGGACAACAACAAUUUUAGCGGCAACAUCCCUUUUACUCUUCUGCAACUUGUUAACGUUGGCAAUCUUCAGCUACUGAAUGUUUCACUAAACUCAUUUAUGGGAAGUGUUCGCCCGACUAAUUCAUCAGAGAUGGCAGUGACUACAAUAAUACAAGACCCAAAAGCUCCAAAUUAAAGUUGAAAAGGAGGAUGAAGAAGACAUGGCAGAGAAGGUUGAAAUAAGAUCAUAGUCUUGCAUGUAAUAAAUAAUAAUAAUAUGAAUGUGUAUUGGUGUUACUUUUGUGGUUAAACACUUUAUAAAGUGGUAGAAUAUGUCAUACAUAUCAUUUCAGUCUU